AAAAGACAUGAGCUCUCUCAGAGUUUUGGUGUUUCUCUUUACAAUUCUUUUGAUUUCAAGUCUUUAUGAUGCACGAAAAGACCCAACAGAAUACUGGAUAAAUGUAAUGAAAGACGAGCCUAUACCGAAGACGAUUCAAGAUGCUCUAAGUCAAGAUUCAACAAAAUCAAUUAACGAAGUUGAUAAGGAAGAUCAAUAUGUUAGAGGAUGGAGAGGACCUGAUCUCAAGAUGUUUACAAGAGACUUUGAUACAAAAGCUAAUCGCUUGAGUUACCUUGUGCCUAUAGUAACGGUUACUCAACCACCAUUGUAAAACUAUCUAUAGCAAAUUAACUUUAAGUUA